AAAAAAGACGUCCGCCCCCUAUUCCUCUUUCUGGUCAACCUAAUGCCGAGAGUCUGGCCAGAAUGAUCUCCAACGCACGGAAAUCUAAAAUGGGAGGGAAAAUCGGGAUUCGUGAUCGGAUAUGCUGCCAUCAAUGGACCUGGUUCACGAUGACCAUGGCUACCGGCGGUAUAGCCAACGUCCUUCAUUCCGUUUGGACACCAUAUCGCAGCAAUUGGAUUUGGUGCAUUGGGCUGUUCUUUUUUAUAUUCAACCUAUGCCUCUUCGUCAUGAACUGUGUCUUGAUCACGAUGAGAUUUAUUAUGGUUCCUGGGAGCUUCAUGCACUCGUUCUUAGAUCAAGUGGAGUCUCUUUUCAUACCAGCUGUGGUAGUAUCUACCGGGACCAUCCUCAUCAACACCUGUGAAUAUGGGAUUCCAAUGACAGGCCCAUGGCUCAAGAACACCAUGGAGUGGCUGUUCUGGGUCUAUAUUUUUGUCAGCAUAGUGGCAAGUGUGGGCAUAUACUUGAUUCUUUGGUCAACCCAAAUAUUCCCUAUCCACACUAUGACUCCUGUCUGGGUGUUUCCGGGAUAUCCUUUGCUCCUGACUGCACCUUUCGCUAGUACUCUGAUAGCAGCAGAUGAUGCCUCGAGUGGUUUGCCGGUCAACAGGCUCCCGAUAGCGAUGUGUGCGGUGGCAGUGCAAGGCACGGGAUUUCUCAUCAGCUUCAUGAUUUGCGCCGCGUUUAUCUAUCGUCUCAUGACUCAGAAGCUGCCUAGAGAUAUGCAACGGCCUGGUGUGUUUAUUUCUAUUGGGCCUAGUGGAUUCACGGUCGCGGGAUUAGUUUCUCUCGGCCAACAAGCCCAAAUAAUUAUCCCGGACAACUUACAAGCCUCGGGGCACACCGUCGCGAUUCUAGAGCUGCUCUCCAUUAUCGCCGGUCUCUGGCUCUGGGGUCUCUGCGUCUGGUUCUUCCUGGCCUCUGUCGGCUCCCUGUGGAAAUAUGUGCGUCCCGAGCACACAAUGCCUUUCCAGAUGACCUGGUGGUCUUUCGUCUUCCCCAACACGGCCUUCGUCACCGCGACCUUUGCUCUCGCGACUGCCGUCAGUAGCAAUGGGCUCCGCAUCGCCGCCUGCGUCAUGACUGGCAUCCUUAUCGUGGUCUGGGCCCUCGUCUUCAUCACCAUGCUCCGCUGUCUGUGGAACAGGAAGCUUCUCUGGCCCAAGGAGUUGGAGGAUCGCUAGUGUGGUUCGGAGGGAGGAGGGGGGGGGGGGCGUGGAAUGAAAUGGAAUAAUGGAUACCCCGAAGGCUUUUAGCUAUGAGACAUAGGUAUGUGUCCUUUUAGCCACAUCUUGUCACGGCGUUUAUACCCCACGAAUAUCUCGAUGUGUUUUCCCAGACCAGUUUGGUUUUGUAACUUGAUCUUCAUAUUCAAAGACUACCUACCCUAGGCAUCUACCUAAACAGGUGGAAUAAUAGAAUCAACAAACUGCUUGCUUUUCAUAUUCGUAGAUUUCCCUGGGUAGGUUAGAUGGUUUCUCUUUACGGUCGCAAUGCAUUGUGAUAUACAGAGGUAGGUAGGUAGGUAGGUAGGUAUACACACACGUGUAAUACGUUCAUCUCCCAGUCAUGUUCUACAUACAUACGUACCUAGGUAC